UUGCAGAGCGCCCUGACGCCUGGUGGCAAGAACGACCUGCUCACGGAUAUCGAGACGUCAUCUAGAACGACGUCACCUCAAAAUGCCCUCUUCGCCACCCUCUAUGUGGGUGAAUCGCCAUUCGGCCUGUACGCCAUGGACGUGUUGGUCGACAAGCAUACCAUCACAUAUGCGCCAAAAUAUCUGGGCCCACCGCUUUUAGAAGGACCAAGUCCAAUUGCUCUAUCGGAUGAGGAAAAAGCGAAGUUUGUUCCUCCAGCGAGGCCCAUAAUUUCUAUUGAUGUGGCAGCAAUCACCCACAAGACAACCGACGGAGAAUUUCUCCUGCUGGGAUACCAUGAAAGGCCGAUGGUGGAUCUGGGAGCGAUUUUACCGAUACGAUUUACGAACACUCCACAGUUUCCUCAUAUUGUCUACAAACCAGAUAAUUCUGAUUUAAAACUGAUUACGUCAUCACGAAUGGAAACGUUGGAGAAUAGUCUAGUGGGGAUGCUGUUGGAGAUUUACAUUCAUCAUCCAGUUGCAUUCUUUUCGGUUCUUUUCACCCUUCUCGCAUUGGCUGUCACUGUGGUUUGGAUGUGCGGCAAGCAGGUAAGCGUAUUGGAU